AGAUUUUCAAUCUCGUCCUCGAAUCUCAGCUUCAGUCUAUCUCUCCAGCUCGUGCGUUUCUCUCUCUCUCUCUCUCUAAUAGUCGAUAAAAAUGGGGAACACAUCCUCCAUGCUGACUCAAUACGACAUUGAAGAAGUCCAGAGCCAUUGUCACGAUCUAUUUGAGCAGCAGGAGAUACUCUCUCUGUAUCAGAGGUUUUGCCAGUUAGAUCGUAACUCAAAGGGAUUUAUAUCUUCUGAUGAGUUUCUCUCUGUCCCUGAGUUCGCCAUGAACCCACUCUCUCUCAGGCUGCUUAAGAUGGUUGAUGGUUUGAACUUUAAGGAUUUUGUCGCCUUCUUGUCUGCUUUCAGUGCCAAGGCUAGUCUUCGACAAAAGGUUAAACUGAUCUUUCAAGUCUAUGAUUCUGACUGCAACGGGAAGGUCUCCUUUAGAGAUAUCAUGGAAGUGUUGCGCGACUUGUCGGGGUCAUUCAUGUCUGAUGAGCAAAGAGAGCAAGUACUGAGCCAGGUUUUGAACGAAGCAGGCUACACCAAUGACUCUUUCUUAACACUGGAGGAUUUCAUUAAGGUCUUUGGAUGUUGUAAACCGGAGAUGGACGUUGAAAUUCCUGUGGAUUAGGUGGUCUAUGACAUCAUAUAUGAUCAAACUCCGAACUCAACAUCUCACCAUCGCAGAUUUCAACAAUAUGUAUGAUUAGAUUACAUUUCCUCUUCCUCUUAAGCAUUGUUUUCAAUUGAUUUAGAUUCAAACUGUUCUACUAUAAGCACACUUGUUAAUGGUAUUGAAAAUAAAGAUAAAAGUUUUAUUCGUACUA